AUGCACCAUGUCGAAGCAGAAUACGCGCAAGACGACAUCGCGAUCGACUUGUCCUUUGAAAAUGCAGAAUUUGUCAAUGAAGACGGCGAUGAUGAGAGUACCGAUGACAAGUUACAUGUGCUCCCGCAAUCCAAAAGCCUUGCGAUGAAGAACGCCUUGCAGGAGCUCAAGAAGGAGUUUACAACACCCUCAUUGACCUCGGAAGCGUUGGCGUCAGUGGACGUCAUUUCGGAAUACCUCGAGCAAUUGGAAGGCCAAGUCCAGGACUUGACGGUGAAACAAGCCAUGCACACGAUCGACAUGCACAACAUGCGGCAACUCUAUCGCGCCAGUGUCGAGGAAAACGAAAAGUUGGCGACCACCACGUCUUUACCGACUACGAGCGCACCAACAGAGCUGUCAGACGCCAUGGAUACCACGACGUCACAACUCCGGGAGUACAUGGAAUUGGACAUGGAAGUUCAUCAAGCCAAGCAAGACAGGGACAAAUUCAGGACCCAAAACGAACGCGUGGUGGCGCUGUGUGCCCAAUUCCAGCAAGAAAUCAUGUGGCGCAACAUCGACGUGGCCGAGGGCGAGAAGCGAUGCCUUGCUAUGUCCCGCCAAUUGGAAGGCACGAGGCAACUCUACGAAGAAUCGCAACGAGAGAACGCCGAGUUGAAGGGUCGCGUGGAGGCCAUGGCGCAGCAUAUUCAAACACUGGUUCAGCACAAGAAGGUGUUGGUGCAUGAAGUGAAGUCGCUGCAAAAGUACUCGCAUGUAAACAUCACUGGGCUUGAACAAGAUGCCCAGGAAGCUCGAAUGAUGCAGAAAAGCCUGACUAUGCAAUUGGAAAGUGCCCAUGCAGAACGGGACGAGUUGAAGGCCAAGCUCAAUGCGCACAACAUCACCACCGUGUAG